AUGGCAUCCCUUACGAACAACCCGCAAGCAGCCGACAACAGCUCAACGGUCCUCAGCGACGAGGAACUCGACCGUGACUGGAAGCCCAAUGGCCGCCGCCCGCACUCCACCAUCGCCCGGUCCUUCUCCGCCGAGCUGAUGGACAUCUUCCGAAUCGAGAACAGCCUGGCCGAUUUAGAUUCUCAGGUCGACAAGCGAAAGCAAGAACUUAACAGCCGAACAACCGAGCUGGAAUCCCUCGAGCAGCGCAUAAGGGAGAUGGAGGCCCGCCUCCGUCAGCGCGGCAGCCCUCCCAACAGCACCGGUCCCGCCGCCAACAGCUCAAGCCCGAGGCAUGUGCGCUCGCCCAUCAGCGGCGUGUUUGACGAGCCUGCCCAGAGCGCCAACGAGGGCGGCAACAAGCAACAGGACGACGAGGUCAGGCGUCACGAGUCGAGAGCUGGGGACAAGUACGCCGGAUCCAGGCCCGGCACCGCCCGCGCCUCGAGGCAGGCUGUGCCCGGCGCCCUCCCGCCCACUCCAACCGAGUCAGAGGCAGAUGGUGACCGGGAGAGGGAUCACGUUUAA